GUUGGUUGAUCUGUGAUGUGAUGUAGAUAGACAUCAUCAUUACCUCUUCGUCAUCAUCCCCGCAAUCGUUUCCGAACUAAGGCACGAUAAAAACACUUGCCAGUUUUCAACUUCACUUUGCCAGAUUUAAAUAAUCACAGUCAAUGGUUCUGAGGCGCAUUGCUUAUUUCAAUACGCCCCAACAUGUUAAUUUUUGGCUAAGAUUCCAAUCCACAUGGUCGCCCCCGACAUUACCAAGACAUCGUUAUUUACACACAACCCGAGCAGAAAAGAAGCAUAGAGCAAAAAUGGCAAGUCUAAAAGGGCCAACCAAGCCGUCGGCCGACGAGAUCAACCUCAUCAAAGCCGACGCCAUCUCCUUCCCCUCGGUACCCGAAAGCCGCGAGGCCUUCGCCCGCUGCUUCGACAGCUUCGGCGACAGCAAGGUGCUGCUCAUCGGGGACGCCUCGCACGGGACCUCCGAGUUCUACUCCGCCCGCGCCGAGAUCACGAAAUACAUGAUCGAGCACCACGGCUUCAACAUCGUCGCCGCCGAGGCCGACUGGCCCGACGCCGAGGCCGUCGACAGGUACGUCCGGCGCCGGCCGUGGACGGGCACGGGCCCCCCCGCCGCGAGCGUCGAGCCCGUCCCCGCGGCCAAGGAGGCCGGGCGCGACCCGGCGUUCAUGCGCUUCCCGACCUGGAUGUGGCGCAACGUCGAGGUCCACGACUUUGUCGAGUGGCUGCGCGGCUACAACGAGGGAACCGAACCCCAUGAUGCCGUCGGCUUCUACGGCUUGGAUCUGUACUCCAUGGGUGCGUCCAUUGAGGCCGUCAUCGGGUACCUCGACCGCGCGGACCCGAAGCUCGCUGCUGUGGCCCGCGAGCGAUACGGUCGGCUGCUGAUGUGGGCGGAGGAUCCGCAUGAGUAUGGCCUCGAGACGCUGGUGACGGGGUUCGAGGGGUACGAGAAAGAUGUUGUUGCUAUGCUCCAGGACCUCCUGAGCAAGCGGCUGGAGUUGGCGGCGGCUCGGUGGGAUGGGGAUGAGUUCCACAGCGCGCAGCAGAACGCGAGGCUCGUUGUUGACGCCGAACGGUAUUACAAGUCCAUGUACUUUGGCCGGGACGAGUCGUGGAAUCUCCGCGACACGCACAUGUUCGAGACGCUCAACCGGAUCCUGAAGCACCGCGGGAGCGACGCAAAAGCCAUAGUCUGGGCACACAACAGCCACAUUGGCGACGCGCGCGCCACCAGCAUGGGCUGGUCGCGCGGCGAGCUCAACAUCGGGCAGCUGUGCAAGGAGACGUACGGCGAGCAGGCCCUGGCCAUCGGAUGCGGCUCCUACACCGGCACCGUGGCGGCCGCGAGCAGGUGGGGGGACGACAUGCAGGUCAUGCGCGUGAACCCGGGGAUGGCGGGCAGCUACGAGGAGCUGAUGCACGCCACGGGGGUCCGGAACUUUGUGCUGGACCUGCGCGAGGGGAGGUGUGACGGGCGCCUGAGGGAGGCGCUGAGGAAGAAGAGGCUGGAGAGGUUCAUCGGGGUCAUCUAUCGGCCUGAUACGGAGAGACAGUCGCAUUACUCUAUGGCGGUCCUGCCGGACCAGCUCGAUGGGCUUGUGUGGAUGGAUGAGACGAGGCAUGUUGGCGUUUUGGAGGUGCACCAGCCGCCGUCGGCGUUGGAGACUGACGAGACAUGGCCGUUUGGGUUGUAAUUGGAGCGGAGGACGGUGUGACAAAUCAAUCAGACAAAAUUGAUUGUAUUUAUGUACUGUACAUGUACGAUUAUUAUGCGGGAGUAUGCCUUCUGGAAAGGGACUUGACCACCUCACUUCCAUUAUUGAGCAUCCGUCACUGUGACCAAAGGUAUUCCCAAGCCUAACCAGAUU